AUCGAACAAGAAAGAGUUCGUGCGCGCGCUCCGCUCCGAUCGACUGCAUCCAACCUCUCCGCUCGUCCUUCUUCUCUUACGGAGUAAUGAUGUUAUCAUUAUCUUUAUCUCGUCAGCACUGACGAACCUUACGACUCUGCCGUGUUGAAGCUGUGUUGCGAGUAGCUCUGUGCCCCGGGAGUCAAAUUCGGACGAAACUUCGCGGAACGUUGGUGAAGCUUCCCGACGAAACUCAUCGAUCGCUCCGACGUUCGAAUCAUGGUUCUGCCCGUCUAUCUCAGAGGGAAAGUAGUUCAUGGUUUCGGGAGAGGAUCCCGGGAUUUGGGUUGUCCCACAGCGAAUAUCGAUCCCAAGGACGUGGACGUGCAACUACCCACGAAUUUUGAAUUCGGCAUCUACUACGGCUGGGCGAAACUCGUCGACGGUCCGGAAAACGAUUCGACCGAGCUCCAACCCAUGGUCGCCAAUGUGGGGCUAUGCCCUUUCUACAAGAAUGAGAAACCCUCGGUGGAAAUUCAUCUCAUUCACGAGUUCCCCGAAGAUUUCUACGGGGCAACAUUGAAAGUCCUCUUCCUGGGAUACUUGCGGGGCGAGAAGAACUUCGAUUCGGUCAACGAGCUCAUCUCACAAAUACGGAAGGACAUCGCGGAUUCGAAGGAAGCCCUGACUGCACAAGACUGCUCGAAGUAUAGAUCUGAUCCUUUCUUCGACUGGAUCGAGUCUCUGACAAUGUUGCCCGUGCUGCUUGAAGGAAAGGUCGUCCGUGGAUUCGGCAGAGGUCGCCAAUUGGGAGUGCCGACCGCGAAUUUGGAAGCGGACUCAGUGGCUCAACAGCUACCCAAGAAUUUCCCGCGAGGAAUAUAUUUUGGAUGGGCUCAGAUCACGGCCGACGAGUCGGAGUUCCUGAUAUAUGACCCGGUUCCGAUGGUCUCAUCUAUUGGCAUCAACCCCUUCUUCAAAAACCGGAAUCUCACAGUGGAAAUUCAUCUUCUGCCCGGUGUUCAUCAGACAAUUCCACGCUGCUUCUACGGCUGUACGUUAAGGGUUCUUCUCACUGGAUUCCUCCGUGACGAAAGGGAUUUCUCUUCCACCGUCAGUCUGGUCGAUGCGAUCCGGCAGGAUAUCCGAGCCGCAGAACAAGAACUCUCGCAUGAGCAGCAAGUCCGGCUGAGGGACACGUAUUUCUCGGAAGCCAGGCAGACGCUCUCGGAUUUAUCUCCGGCAAUAACGCUGGUCUACAUCAUAUCAUUUUACGAUAAGGAUGUUGUUCCCAGGACCGUGAAAGAACAAUGCGGUCCAGUUGAGGUUUACACAGUCAAGUCGAAGAAUGUGCAUCAUGCCGGGGAUAAUUCGUUGUCAUCAUGA